CAAUGACUAUUACGGAUUGCUAGUGAGAAGCGAGAAGAAUGAGGGCGAUUACUUUUUAAGCCCACUACAUGGUAUUGCUGUAAAUCAGAGCGAGGCGCUGUGUCGUCUGGAAACGGUGUUCUGCAGAGGCCAUGGCGGCUCAGUGCGACUCUUUGAGUGGAUACAUGCAACACUCGGACCCGGGCUCGAACAGUGAGCGCAGCACCGACUCCCCUGUCCCCGUUUCCGAGGAUGACUCCAGCGGACCGCCGGCACCGCUAGACCCGGAGUGGACAGAGGAGAGGUUUCGCGUGGAUCGUAAGAAACUGGAAGUCAUGCUAUUAGCUGCCACGGAGGGCCGAGUCAAUGGAGGGGAAGACUUCUUUCAGAAGGUUAUGGAAGAAACGAAGACCCAGAUAGCCUGGCCUUCAAAACUAAAGAUUGGUGCCAAGUCUAAGAAAGAUCCCCACAUCAAAGUGUGCGGAAAGAAGGAGAGCGUGAAGGAAGCCAAAGAGAAGAUCAUGUCCGUCCUCGACUCCAAAAGCAGCCGUGUGACCCUGAAGAUGGACGUGUCCCACACUGAACACUCCCAUGUCAUCGGGAAAGGAGGCAACAACAUCAGGAAAGUGAUGGAGGACACCGGCUGCCACAUCCACUUCCCUGACUCAAACCGGAACAACCAGGCUGAGAAGAGCAACCAGGUGUCAAUUGCAGGCCAGCCAGCUGGCGUGGAGACUGCCAGAGCUAAGAUAAGGGAGCUGCUUCCGUUGGUCUUGACCUUUGAUCUGCCGGCGAUGGUCCAGCCCGACCCCAGCUCACCUGCGAUCCAGCACAUCUCGCAGACCUACAACCUCUCUGUGACCUUCAAGCUGCGGCCCAGGCUGUACGGGACCAUGGGCGUGGUGCGGGGCUCUCAGGACAACGCCGCUGCAGUCAAGAGGGGGACCGCCUUGCUCCUGGAGCACCUGAUGGGCAGCCUGGCCAGCACCAUUUCGGUCAGCACCCAGCUGGACAUCGCGCCUCAGCACCACCUCUUCAUGAUGGGCCGGAACGGCAGCAACGUCAAGCACAUCACCCAGAGGACGGGGGCCCAGGUCCACUUCCCUGACCCCAGCAGCCCCCAGAAGAAGUCCACCAUCUACUUUCAGGGCUCCAUCGACUCUGCCUGCCUCGCGAGGCAAUAUCUCAUGGGUUUUCUUCCUCUGGUCCUGAUGUUUGAUAUCAAAGAGGACAUGGAGGUGGAGCAGCAGAGCCUAACCACUCUGAUGGAGCAGCUGGAUGUGUUCAUCAGCAUCAAGGCAAAGAUCAAACAGCCCAGCAAGACUGUGAUUGUGAAGAGCGUGGAGAGGAACGCCAUGAACAUGUACGAAGCGCGGAGGAUCCUGCUGGGCUUGGAGCAAAGCGGGGUGCCUGUACCCCAAAACAGCAGCCCGUCCUCCCUCAUCUGUCCUGUGGGAUUGGACAUCCUGGCUUCAGCUGGACUGGGGCUUACUGGUUUGGGCCUAGCUGCACCCUCUGGGAGCAGCUCAUUGGCCCCCAGCUGCCUGCUGAACUCCAUCAACACCUCAGCCAAUCCCCUGCAGACCUCCAGCUCAGGAGCCUCCAGCCCCGCCCUGUGGCCAGCCUCCCUCGCCAGCCCGCCUGGCACAACAGGGAUGUCGUCGGCACUGAUGAUGCACCCGAUCACCCAGGCCACUCUGCGAAACCUCCUGCUUUCGGGAGCUCAGGGGUACACCCACAACACCCCCUCCCCACCUCCAGGCCUGGCCCCCAUCGACACACCAGCCAAUGGCAUCCCUGACUGCAGCAAAACCCCCCGCACACUCAACGGCCAUGUCAAGCACCCCAGCUUGGUUUAUGGCAGGAUUUCCUCAGCGUCGCUGGCGGACAAGGUUCUGAAUCCCAACCACAGUGAUCCAGCACAGGACGCCAGCGGUCACUGUCCCUCUGAGCCUCUUUCUAGCAAGUCCAGCCCUGAUCAAGGCUCGGACACUUUCGUGGAAGUGGGAAUGCCAAGGAGCCCGUCUCACUCGGCCAAUAGUAGCGAGCUAAAGCAGAUGCUGGUCUCCUGUAAGGCAUCGCCUGGGAAACGUCACACCGUGGAGCUACUGCAGGGUACCCAUAGCCCCCACCUUCACUCGGAGCACCUGCUGUCGGAUCCGGAGCCCGGCGCCGUGGAGAGCCCGGUGGCGGAUAAGAGAGCGCCGGGCAGCGAGCGGGCGGCGGAGAGGGCGGCCCAGCAGAACUGCGAUCGGAUCCGCCUCACCGCACCAUCCCCCUUCACCAACAUGCAGGCAUUCGACUACGAACAGAAGAAGCUGUUAGCAACCAAAGCCAUGUUGAAGAAGCCUGUGGUGACAGAGGUGCGGACCCCCACCAACACCUGGAGCGGGCUGGGCUUCUCCAAGUCAAUGCCAGCAGAGACCAUUAAGGAGUUGCGCAGGGCCAACCACGUGCCCUACAAGCCCAGCAUGACCACCACCUAUGAGGCCUCCCCUCUGCCCAUGUCUGGCAGCAGAGAGGGCGUGGUGGCCGGCAGCGACUCGGAGAACUGGAGGGAGAGGAAUGGCAGUGAGUUCACUGCAUCCGUCAGCAGCCCUAAGAGGAAGCAGAACAAAGCAGUGGAGCACUACCUUAGCAGCAGUAACUACAUGGACUGCAUCUCCUCGGUGGCCAGCAGCAGCAGCGGCUCCCUGAAAGGCUCUGACCUGCCGGAGCUCUUCAGCACUCUGGGGCUGGGGAAGUACACUGACAUCUUCCAGCAGCAGGAGAUUGACCUGCAGACGUUUCUCACCUUGACAGACCCGGACCUAAAGGAGCUGGGUAUCAGCACAUUCGGUGCCCGGAGGAAGAUGCUGCUGGCUAUUUCAGAACUAAAUAAGAACAGAAGGAAGCUCUUCGAGCCUCCCAACAUUCGCUCCUCCUUCCUGGAGGGCGGGGCCAGCGGCCGGCUGCCGCUGCAGUUCCACUCUGACAUCGCCAGCGUCAGCGGCCGGUGGUAGGCGUCUGCUCCUUCAUGUGGAGUCUGGUCCAGCGCCCCUCGAACCCUGAAGUCAGCCUCUUACAGCACAGAGCUGCUCGUACUCCAAUUGGCCAGAGGGGUGGAAUGAGGAAAGUCUCAGAAGAGCAGGGACACCAAUGAUCACUUCAAACAAUCGUCUACCAUUCGU